AUGGCCUCGCUGGCACCUCCAGAAAAAACAUCCCUACAGACGUCGUCGUCCACGCCGCCGUCGCCAACGAGCGAAGAAGACCUUUCACGAGCUCACGUAUGGGGUGAAUUUGAAUACGAACCAUAUGCCUCUCAGGAACACUCACCGGCGAGCAGUAGUAAAGGAAAAGCAAAGGAAUCGGUGUCGGACCAUUCAUACGACAGCGAAGAGGGGCAUCAGAGAGGGGCUGCAACUGAAGUAUAUCCACCUACGAACGAUGAAGCCGAGGAAACGCGUAGAGUGGAACAGAAUCUGAAACGGUGGGAGCUGGCUGAACGACAAAGGCGGAAAGCAGCUCGAGAAUCAACACUCGUUACAGGAAGCGGAGGUUCACUAUUGACAGACGUCACCCAGAGAGCUAGCCUGUUAUUAAGGGGGAGGAAGCCUCAACGGGCCUCGAGCAGUGGGCUCGGUAAUCAUCAAGCUCUUCAAUCCCAGGACUCUGUCGAUGCAGUACCCCUUAAUGACAUUGACGGAAGUCCUUCUGUAAUCUUCACCCCCUCGACCAGUCCAAUACCCGACCACCCAACACACUCCUCCAAAAACCCUUUUGCCCAUCCCGCCGAUUCCAUAUCCCCUUUUACCGACUCCGACCAACAAAUGAUAGUCAUGACCGAAUCAUCAACACCCCCUCUUACCGCAAACUCUGAAGCCCCCUUUGACCCAAGUUCUGGAUCUUCAGAACCUGCUACGAUACGUGCCUCAUCUUCUUUGCGACAUCCUCCCGCUACAGCUCUGGGAUUACCUACUCCUCGAACGCCACCUCCCCAUGCAGACACACCAAACGAUACUCUACCCAAGCCAAUACCCGCCCCUGCACUACGACCGCCUGCUGAACCAGUGAAUGAGAAUAAGGAGGUGAGAUGGUGGCAUGAUUGGCUAUGUGGAUGCAGCGAAGGACCAGAUCGAGGUGGGGAAAACCAGGCUGGUCGAACAAACCCCUUUGAGUAA